UUUUGCACUGGCUGCUGACAGCACGCAGACGUGACGCUUUUACUCCACGACACAUUACACACCGAACUAUCGCUUUGGAUAUCGAACCGUCUUUAAAUCCCAGAUGACACGCCUUCAACCCGGAGCGACACGGUUGCGGUAAGGAUUUCUCUGGAUUGCGAGAGCUGUGCUGUGCCAGAGUUGGACUCACAACAAAUAGGUGACAUUCACGUUGGACUCUCAAAGCAGGAAAGCAAGACAAACAAAGAGGAAGUCCAAAACAUCUGCUAAACACAUUGCCAGAAAGCUGUCACCAGGUGUGCUGUUCUGGCAUUGGACAGGGAUCCGAAGGACGUCUUUAUGCCCACAGGCUUCCGCUGUCUACAGGGGGGAUGAUCUGGAGCUCUGCACACAGGCCUAUCAUUAGGACAUUGGGGCCCAUGCUAAGAAAUGGAUAGCUUUGCCACAAAAUGUUAUAGUGCAGCUUCCCUUAACUAUGGGGCACCGGUGAAGGAUCAUUAUGGAAAUACUUAUUUUCUUGAAUUCAGCAUGAGCAGCAGUUCUUGGAGUAACUUCAAAUCAGUGUGUGGCUAAGCAAAGCAAUUUAGCUUUUUUGGACUUUUUUAUAUGAAUGUCUAUAGCAUUUAUUGUUUAUAAGUGAAUCAUUUUCAUCACAUAAACUGAUUUACGGAUUUAUGAAUAGGCAAAGACCAUGGCAUCCACCUAUCGCAUUGUGGUCAGCAGCAUAAACUGUUACAACAGUGUUGUGAUCGACCGUCGUGUCCAACACACUGUACACUACUGUAAUGGACCCUGCGGUGCCAUUAAACAUGGACUUAACUGCACAGUGGCUCACCGGAGCACAUGUGCUGAGCUUCUUGAUACCCCCAUGUCCAGACCAUGCUCUGACCGGCCCAUCAGCAUUCAUGAGUCGAAAACCAUGGAGAAUGGCAACAGCGGGCCCGGUGCUUUUUGUGACGACUACCACCAGGUUGUCCCUAGAGUCAAGAAAGGAUCAGCCGUCCAAAGCUCAGCCAGUCUUAAGGAUAUUACAGGCGAGGCAAUUAACCUAGCCAGUGGGAAAAUCAAGGAGUUUUCAUUUGAGAAGAUAAAAUAUUCGUCCAGUCAUGUGACUUUCAGAAAGGGCCGUAAGGUUAGGCCAGAUUCCUUUAGUAGGAGGUCUACUGAUCUAGACAUCAUCUAUGGCCAAUUCACUGGCAAUGAUGAGAACUGUCCUCCGUUUGGCCUUUUUCAGAAGUCUGUACUAGAAGAGCACAAGCUGAGUCGCAGUGCAUCCCUGGAGCAGAACUUAAAUAAUAUGGCCACACUCUACCUUAACAGCCUCACGGAGGAGAACCUAAUUACCCGCAUUCUGGAGAAAACUAAAACAGACAGCAGCGCCUCAGGAGAAGAUAUUAAAGCUUGCCUGGACAUUCUCCUCAAGUGCUCAGAGGAUCUAAAAAAGUGUACUGACAUCAUCAAACAGUGUAUCAAAAGAAAGUCUAUGGGUGGAGGCAAUGACGACUCAAGUAAUCCUGAGGUCAUUUAUAAAAACGUGAUGGCACGUCUUUCCAACUACCUGAAGAGACUUCCUCUUGAUCUGGAAGGACAGGCUGGAAGGCAAGAGCACAGUGAGCUCGCUGAACUUGUGAAUAGCUUACAUGGGCUACAACAAAUUCCCUUCUCCCCCAUCUUUGGCAAUGAGCAACCUCCACGUUAUGAGGAUGUGGUUCAAUCUCCUCCACCCACAAAGCCUCGGAUCAAAUCCCCCCAACCAGAACCUCAAGAAAGCUCUAGGGAUCUUGCAAGCAAUCUGAAACCCAUUCAGAGCCUCCCUGGUUUGUCAGCACGAACAUCUCCGUCAACUAAUGGUUUUCAACAUGGCAGCUUGCCUUCAGCCUCCAGUGGCGGCUGUUCUACACCCUUCAUGUGCCACCACACGGUCCCAACCAGCAGACCAGACACAUUCUCUUCUUCCAACUCUCUUUUGUCUACCAGUAGCGAAAACCUAUGUAAAGAUGGCAUGGAGAUGCUGUAUAUUGAGGAAGAGGAUGGAGAUGUGGGUAGGAUGGCAGACAGGACAAGUAAGGGGGAUGGUAAGCACAGCUGUGGAGUCUUAGAGUCAAGACAGUACUCCAAGAAACCAGCUGGCUACUCUGAGCCUAGUGGCAGCGUUUCAGAAAAACUUCAUGAGCUUAGCAGGAAUGGAACUGCAUUCAAGCCUAAAAAUGAUUCAACAAUCAAUCAGAUGUAUUUGUCAAAAAGCCUGGACUCCAGACUGUUCCCAAAGUCAACCUCACACGUUUCAAAAGGAGGAGUGGAUGACAUUGAUAAGCUGCUGAUGGACCUUGAGUGUCUUUCCCAGAACAUGCAAAAGGAGCCUCCACUGCCCCCUAAACUUAGGAACUGUGCCCAGCAGACCAGCAGCUCCCCUCAGCACCAGCAUUUUAUCGACAGCUCAAGGGUUAAAGAUAUACCUGCAGCAGGUUCCUCUUGCCCAUCGAUGACCAAGCAGUCUGGGCCAGGAGUUGAGGCCACAGAAGAGGAUGAUGGAGCGCUGCUUCUCAGGAUUCUUGAGAGCAUUGAGAGUUUUGCUCAGGAGCUGGUGGAAAGUGGGGCUGGGAGAGGAACUCAGUCUAAGGAGCGUGAGGUCAUGCGUCUCCUCCAGGAAACGCUGGCCACCACCAAAGCAGAGGUGGCUUCACAUCCACUGCCUUUACCUCCUUCUGAAACCACACCAAUGCCUGUCGAAACACCAAAGUCCACACUUGCACCAACACCCUCAAGUGCCCCUAUAGCCAUAGCUACAAGUACAUCUACUCUGAGGGACACAGGCUCGACGAUUCUAAUCCAACAGAUGCCUGAAGUCAUCAGGAUUCAGCCAGAGAAGAAACCUGGAACGCCUCCUCCAUCUAUUGCACCUGCACCCGCCUCGCCAACCCCACGGCCGCCCAGCCCUCCACCGGCCAAAGUGGUGGCAACUCCUCCACCCUCCUCCAUAAACAUUCCACGUUUCUACUUCCCCAAAGGCCUUCCAAACUGUGCUGCCAACUAUGACGAGGCCAUUGCCAAAAUUGAGACGGCCUUCACUGAGUUUGAAGAGGAGAAAGCCGACAUUUAUGAAAUGGGGAAGAUAGCAAAGGCAUGUGGUUGUCCCCUCUAUUGGAAAGCAUCCAUGUUUAUUUGUGCUGGUGGAGAGAGGACUGGCUUUGUUUCUGUCCACUCAUUCAUUGCAACAUGGAGAAAGUUAUUGCACAGCUGCUAUGAUGAUGCAUCCAAGUUUGUUUACUUGUUGGCCAAACCUGGCUGCAGUUACUUGGAACAAGAAGAUUUUAUUCCUCUGUUACAGGAUAUAGUGGACACUCAUCCAGGGCUAACGUUUUUAAAAGAUGCUCCUGAAUUCCAUUCCCGGUACAUCACAACUGUGAUUCAGAGAAUAUUUUACACAGUUAAUCGGUCCUGGACAGGAAAGAUCAACAUGAUCGAGCUCAGGAGAAGCAACUUCCUCCAGACACUUGCCCUGCUGGAAGAAGAGGACGACAUCAAUCAAAUCACAGAUUAUUUCUCUUACGAGCACUUUUAUGUAAUUUACUGCAAAUUCUGGGAGCUGGACACUGACCAUGACCUCUUCAUCGACCCCAAGGACUUAGCCAAAUACAACGACCAUGCUUCAUCAAGCAGAAUCAUUGAGAGGCUUUUCUCAGGAGCCGUCACAAGGGGAUACUCAGUGCAGAGAGAAGGAAGAAUGAGCUACGCUGAGUUUGUUUGGUUUCUCAUCUCCGAGGAGGACAAAAAGAACCCUACGAGUAUAGAGUACUGGUUCCGCUGUAUGGAUAUGGAUGGAGAUGGCGUUCUUUCUAUGUACGAACUGGAGUUUUUAUAUGAGGAGCAGUGUGAGCGCAUGGAGGGGAUGGGCAUCGAACCACUGCCCUUUCAGGAUCUCCUGUGCCAGAUGCUGGACUUAGUCAAGCCAGAAUGCCCAGGUAAAAUUACUCUUCGAGAUCUGAAGCACUGCAGGAUGGCACAUAUAUUCUACGACACAUUCUUCAAUCUGGAGAAAUACCUGGACCAUGAGCAGAGAGAUCCCUUUGCGGUGCAGAAGGAUUUGGACAGUGAUGGCCCAGAGCCCUCAGACUGGGAUAAAUAUGCUUCCGAAGAGUAUGAGAUUCUUGUAGCGGAAGAAACAGCCAAUGAACAGUUGCGAGAGGGAUCUUUUGAUGACGAUUACGAGUCUGAUGAGCUCACAGUCUCCUCUGACAUUGGAAAUAAAAUGGAUAAGCUGGUCAUAUCUGAUUUAUCGGCAUAAGCCUCUGUUGUCAUCUCCACGCCUUGGCGUUCAUCGUCGGCAUGAACGAAUCACCACCACCCCAUGUUUUCCCUUGUUUUCUGAAAAAGGGGAAACCGUUUUUUUUCUACAUUUCAUUACGGACAUUUGGUGUGUGUGUGUGUGUGCUUGUGUGCAAUAGAACAAAUUAUUAAACCCAAAGGCUUUCAUACACCCAUUAAAGGCUUUAUGUGCAAUA